AAAUGAGAUUAAAUUAAAGGACACAUUUACGUAUAAUCAUUUUGUGCCACUAGAUUGAUAGUUGAGUUGCCUUUAAGGAAAAGACAAGAUUUUUGCUUGUAAUAGCAGCCAAUCAUCAACAGCUUUAUCCCUCCUCCUUAUUUUUCCUUUUAUUUCAUGGCUUUUCUAUGGAGCUCAUAACACCUGCUCCAACUGGCAAUUCCAGCAUCAUACUGAUGAACCAUUUUGCUGUACUUUCCACCAACCACUACCAGCAGCCUUAGUAACAGAGGUAAAUUACAUAGCCAGAGCUUCAUCUAAGAAGGUGGGACUUCUCUUUUGAUGCCAAUUUAUAGAGCAAUCCAAAAGGGGAGGAGAGUUUCAUGUAAGAGAGCUUAGUGUCACGGACUUAGACUUCCACUCCGUGCGGCACUUUGGUCAGUAAAGGCAGCCAUUGAUUUGUAAUUCUGCAAUGAACCAAUCCUCAAUUAUGAAGCCAGAGAAGCCAUAUCAAAGAACCAGCCAACUUCACAUAGCAAGAAGGGACAUGGGGCGACUUGGUGAGAGCAGAAAAGUUGCAGAGGUAGAAAGAGCCCAAGCAGAAACUGAGCUUUUGGACGCGAGAAAGAUGGUGAAGGAGCUAAGUUCAAGGAUAGAAGAGUUGAAUUCAAGAUUAAGUGUCCAGAAUCAAGAUUUGGAGAAACUAAAGACGGCAAAAAGAGGGGGAAACUGGGGGAUGGCACUUCGCAAUCCUCAGAAUAAUCAGCACUCCAAAGUAAUAACAGAGUUGGGAUAUGCAAAAGAAGAGCUGAUCAAGCUUAAACAAGAUAUGGCUUCUAUCAUAGAAGAAAAAAGAAGAGCAGAGCAAGAAAUAGAAACCUCUAGUUUGAAAAUGCAAUCUUUUUCAAGCAAAGUAGAAGCGUUAGGGAAGGAGGUUGAGAAACUUAAUGAAGAGCUCGUGCUAGUUGAGCUAGCUCGAAUAGAGGCAAUUAAAGAAUUCAGAGCAAUUGAAGCUCAAAGAAGGGAAGACGCCGAGAAACAUUCUGCAGCAAUGGAGGAGAACAGGAAGAAAAUAAAUGACAUGGUCCAAGAAAUUCUGAUAUCAGAGGAGCUACAAGAAAAGCUGGCCUCGACAACUUCAGAUGUCCAAGUUUUGCAAAGUGAAUUGAAGCAAGUCAAGGAAAUGGACAGAUGGACUCAGAAAAACGAGAGUUUGAGGUUCGGGUCUGAUUUCCUGGAAAAAGACUUAUCAUUGUUGCAGUCAUUGAAACAAGAGUUGGAGACAGCAAAGAAUGAACUAGCUUCCAUUAAAAGAGACAGCUUUCAGUUCAUGGCUUCAAUGGACGUUGUGAGGAAUGAGCUCAAACGCAUCUCUGAGGAAUCAGCUCGAUUAAAGAAAAAGGGAAACAAGGCAGACUCGACAAUUCAGAGCCUCAACACGAAGCUUUUGAGGGCAAAAGCCAAACUGGAAGCUGCAUCAGACAAUGAAGGAAAAGCAACCUCUAUUGCUUCAAGUUUAUUGCUCAGUCUUGAACAAUUGACAAAUGAAGCUGAAGAAUCUGAGAAAGAAAGAGUGACUGCCAUUGAGGAAGCUGCAAAAGUCAAAGAAGAAAUUCAGAAAACACAAUCCGAAACAGUCUUGGCCGAGGAAAGAUGGGAAGCUGCAAUACAAGAGCUUGAAACAAUCAAAUUAUCAGAAGCUACUGUCCUAAGCAACCUAAAAAGACUUACUGAUGUAACUAUGAAAAGUAGAGCAUCCGCUUCCACCUCCACAAUAACUAUUUCAAGAUUUGAGUAUGAGUACUUAAAAGGACGUGCAGGACAGGCAGUUGAAAUUGCUGAUAAGAAAGUUGAAGCAGCUGAGGCUUGGGUAAAAGCUUUGCAAGCAAGUGAAAAGGAGAUCUCAAUGAAGACAGAGGUCAUCAGAAAGGAAAUCCAAGAGCUUAAGAUGGAAGAAGAGCAAAAAGGCCUGAAAGUGGAGCAUUCACCUUCUGUAAGGAUGUUGGUCGAUAUGCAGUUGCAGAUAUGGGAGGAGAUACAUGGAAAAGACCUGGAACAAUCUCAGAACGGUUCACGUACAAAAUCCAACUCAAUAAGUGGAAAAAUGACACCAGCAAGACGAGCUAAGUUCAGAAAGUCAGCAUCUCCUGCACCUCGAACACCUAGAGCUUCUUCCUUCGCGGUUAGGAAAAGAAGAAAGGUAAUACCAAACAUAGCUAAGUUAUUUAUUAGCAAGAGCAAUGAUGAGAACCUGUAAGCUAUUUUAUUGCAGCUGCAAAUACUUGCCAAAGUUUUCUGAUGUAAGAGAUACGAUCUCACUAAAUCCUAGUGCUGUUUGUCUCUG